UCGAUUCAUUUCUGAAUUCGCCUUAACACUCUCGAGGAAAAAAAAAAUCUUUGCAACAAUGGAAGUAUUAACUUCAGAAAUUCUCCAACCCCAUAUCAUUAUGCUACCGAGUCCAGGUAUGGGUCACCUUAUACCAUUCAUUGAGUUAGCUAAACGGCUAGUUCUUAAUCAUGGUUUCUCAGUUACAUUAACUAUUCCAACUGCUACUGCUUCUCCAUCUAAAGCUCAACAAUCUGUUCUUGAUUCCCUUCCUAGUUCUAUAAACUCCAUGUUUUUAUCCCCUGUUGAUUUGAGUAAUUUACCAGCUGGUGCUAAGCCUGAAACUGUCAUUUCCCUAACGGUAAAACGUUCGCUUCCCUCUCUUUCUAACUUGUUUAAGCACAUUACUUCAACUCACCGAGUUGUUGCCCUUGUUGUUGAUCUUUUUGGUCCUGAUGCUUUUGAUGUUGCUAUGGAGUUCAAUGUCAAACCAUACAUUUUCUUUCCAUCAACAGCCAUGCUUCUGGCUUUGCUUUUCCAAAUGCCUAAAUUGGAUCAAGAUUACACGUGUGAAUACAGAGAUGUGCAAGAACCAAUUCAAAUUCCGGGGAGUAUUGCUAUCAAAGGGAUCGAUUUUCCUGGCCCAUUGCAAGAUAGAAAAAACGAGGCCUAUACAUGGGUUUUACACCAUGCCAGAAGGUAUAAACUUGCUGCGGGUGUCUUGGUAAAUAGCUUUGAUGAUUUUGAAACAGGUACCAUUAAGGCUUUGAAGGGGAGCGAAUCUGGUAACCCGCCGGUUUAUCCUAUUGGACCGCUUAUCAGGACAGGUGGGAAUGACAAUGUAUAUGAUGAGUCAGGUUCUUUGAAGUGGUUGGAUGAUCAACCGUUUGGCUCCGUUCUGUUCGUCUCGUUUGGGAGUGUUGGUACCCUCUCCAGUGAGCAACUGAAUGAAUUAGCUCUAGGCCUAGAAAUGAGUGAGCAAAGAUUUUUGUUGGUUGCAAGAAGUCCCAUUGACAGGGCUGCAAAUGCAAGUUUCGAUUUCUUACCAGAAGGGUUCAUAGAAAGAACCAAAAAUCGGGGUUUGGUUAUUCAUCCAUGGGCUCCUCAAGUUCAGGUCCUUAGCCACACGUCAACGGGCGGUUUCUUGACGCAUUGUGGGUGGAAUUCAACCCUCGAAAGUGUGGUACAUGGCGUCCCUUUGAUUGCCUGGCCACUCUUUGCGGAGCAAAAAAUGAAUGCUCUAAUGUUAGAAGAUUUGAAGGUUGCACUACGGCCAAAGGCAAAUGAAGGAGGCAUUAUAGAGCGUGGUGAGAUUUCUAGAGUCAUCAAGGGACUUAUGGAUGGAGAAGAAGGGAAGAUUAUUAAGAGUAGGAUGGCAGAACUCAAAAGUGCUGCCACAAGAGUAUCAGAAAAAAAUGGGUCUUCAGCUAAGUCUCUCGAUGAAUUCGCAAAUACGUGGAAAAAUUAGGGAACGACAUAGAAACUUCAUUUCUAUGCACAUGAGUAUUUUUUCAUUGUCUGCUCUGAUUUGGGUGCUUAUGAGUAUUUUAUAUUCACAUGUUAUUAUUUAUUUACUUUUUAUCUUUACAUGUUAUUAUUGUGAUUGUGAUUUUGUUUGACAUCAAAAAAUAAUAAAGGUUUUGCUG